GUUGCUUCUUUUUGACCACAAGUAAAAAUCCCCAUGUUAUUAACCAAGUCCGUCGCCUUAUCAAUCUUGACCUCCUUAGGAGUCCAAGCUCUUGUGAUUCCUCAAGCUCACGAUGUCAUUGACGUGUUUGGGGAUAACACGAACUCCCUCAAGGAGUCUGUGGCUCAAGUGACAGAAUCCAUCAAGGAAACCUCCAAGGAAGUUUUAAACAAGCUCAAAAUCGAAUUGAAGGAGUUGAAGGAUGCUGCUCCUAUCACAUUCGUUGACAAGGAGAGAGACAUCAUUCCUCACAAGUAUAUUGUUGUCUUCAAUGAUGGUACCAACGAAGACGAAGCUGGUUUCCACAAAGAAUGGGUUGCUUUACAACACGUCAACUCUCUAGCCGCCAUUAAAGAAAACCCGGAACACACCUUCUUUGAUGCUACCAAGGACUUCACUACUGCUGGUGGAAUUGUCGACAGCUUCAAUGUCGGUAACUUGUUACAUGGUUAUGCUGGUUACUUUUUGGAUGACACAAUCGAAUUAAUUAGACGUCACCCAGCCGUUAAGUUUGUCGAAAAGGACUCAAUGGUAUACGCUAAUGAAUUCGACACCCAAAAGGGUGCACCUUGGGGUUUGGCUAGAGUUUCCCAUAGACAGCCUUUGAGUUUGAACUCUUUCAACCAAUACCUUUAUGAUACCGAAGGCGGAGAAGGUGUUACUGCAUACGUUAUUGACACUGGUGUUAACGUUGACCACGAAGAAUUUGGCGGUAGAGCUGUCUGGGGUUCUACUAUCCCAUACGGUGACAGUGAUGUUGAUGGUAACGGACACGGUACUCACUGUGCCGGUACUAUUGGUUCUGCUGCCUACGGUAUUGCUAAGCAAGCUAAGAUUGUUGCUGUGAAGGUGUUGAGAUCCAACGGUUCUGGUUCCAUGUCUGACGUCGUCAAGGGUGUUGAAUUUGCUGCUAAAUCUCACCAAGAUGAAGCCAAGGCUGGUAAAAAGGGGUUCAAAGGUUCUGCUGCUAACAUGUCUUUGGGUGGUGGUAAGUCAACUGCUUUAGAUUUGGCUGUGAACGCUGCUGUUAAGCUUGGUUUGAACUUUGCCGUUGCUGCUGGUAACGAAAACCAAGAUGCUUGUAACACAUCUCCAGCAGCUGCUGAAAAUGCCAUCACCGUUGGUGCUUCUACCAUUUCUGAUGCAAGAGCUUACUUCUCCAAUUACGGAAAGUGUGUUGAUAUCUUUGCUCCAGGUUUGAACAUCUUGUCCACCUACAUUGGAUCUACCACCGCCACUGCUACUUUGUCAGGUACCUCUAUGGCUUCUCCUCACAUUUGUGGAUUGUUGUCUUACUUUAUUUCUUUGCAACCUUCCGCUGACUCUGAAUUCUUCACUGCUGGCGACUCUGUUACCCCAGAUCAAUUAAAGAAGAACUUGAUUGCCUACGGUUCCCAAGACUUGUUGACUGAUAUCCCAGAAGAUACCCCAAACAUUUUGGCAUUUAAUGGUGCAGGUCACAACAUUACUGAUUUCUGGGCUGAAGAAGCUGUUACUGUUGAAUCUAAAGUUAAUCUUGACUCGAAAGUUUCAAGCAAGAUCGAAAAGAUCGAGGAUGCAUUUGACGAAUUCUUAUCAUCUGUUGGUAAGUCAUCUGCUCCAGUUCUUGAUGAAAUUGACAAGUUGAUCAAUAACGUAUAUGGCAGCGUCAAGGCUUAGAAAGUCUUUUUCCGUAGAGUUGAUCUAUUUGUUCCAGCUUCCAAAGCGACUACCACUGGUUUAUCGGAUCUGUUUUGACUUGAUUACCCUUACUUGUUUUUAUGUUUCUAGGUUUGUUUUCUGAUCUAUAUGUUGGUUAUUGCAUAUACAUAUACCAUUUAGA